AUGGCAGAAGAGUUCAAAACCCAAAUCAAGAGUUACAAGACUGCCCCUUUUUACAGCCACUUCCCCAAUCAGAACCAGACCAGAAACUGCUGGCAGAACUACCUGAACUUCCACCGCUGGAAGAAGGCAAUUAUCGCUAAAGGGGGUGACGUCUCUGUGUGCAAAUGGAACUGGCGUGUAUACAAGUCUCUCUGCCCCAUAUCCUGGAUUUCAACCUGGAAUGACUGUCGAGCAGAAGGCGCAUUUCCUGAGAAUAUCUGA